AUGAGCGAUAACGAGUUCAGUGAUGGCGAUGUGAGUGGUUAAUUAUACUUGAGAUGUCAAAAAACGUUCGUUGUUUUAGUUGGACGUUGAAGGAGGACACUCCCCUUUGCCUUCCUCCAGUUAUCAUCAAUUGGAUGACUCCAAAAAGAAUGCGAGAGCUCAACAUAACGCUCUGGAAAGACGGCGGAGGGAUAAUAUUAAGGACAUGUACACCUCCUUGCGCGAGGAAAUACCAAAUCUCAACGAGAGUGAUAGGGUAAUAUUAUUAAUGAUUCUGAAGAGAAUUCAUUUCCUUCAGGCCUCUCGUGCUCAAAUUCUUAAAAAGACAAUAGAUCAUAUACAAGAAGGUAAGGCCACUCAUGCCGCCACAGAAGAAGAAGUAAAGCAGUUGAAGGAGAGGAACGAGCAACUGAAACAACAGAUUGCGGCCAAGAAAGCAGCUCUCCAAGGGCAAGGAUGCUCCAAGAAUUAA